UGCAAACUUUAACGUUUUUAAUUUUAUUAAACUGCAUUUUAUGGCUGACUUAGUGAGACUCUGAUUGUAAAAUUACAACCUGCUGGAGAAACCUGUUGGAAUCAUAUUUGGGAAGUGUUGUUCCAUCUGUCGUCUUCUGUGUGUGUGGAUUAUUGAUGAGAUUCAUACAUCAUCACUGACAUAAACAAACUUCUGUAUAAUUUUACAGAAGUUUGUUUUUUUUAAUUGUAGACUUUUAAUCAGAUUUCUUUCCUCUUUAUGUUUGAAAAAAACGUUCCUGGCAAGUUUCGGUGUUUUCUCAUCGUGUCCUCUGACAUUUUAAAAGCUUACUUUGCAUCUAAUUCUUUUAUCCAUGAUGUAAAAAUAUAUUUCUUACUAUAUCCUGUUAAAAUGGUUUUGCAGCUUUAUUCGAUCAGGUUAUUUAAAUUGUAACAUUUUCAGACUUUGUUUCCAUAAAGGACCACGCCUCUUCCUCUUCCUGCUCAUCUUCCACGCCUGUCUCCUCAGCUCCACCUACUCCUCGUCGGACUCUGAGAAGGAGCAGCAGGUCGCCUCCUUCCUUCGGGCGAGGGUCAUGUCGAGACGCAGCCUGCGGCUCGAUGAAGGCCUGCUGGACCGCAGUCUUCCUCGUGGCAGCGCUUCCUUUAGUGCGGGAGGAGGCGACUGGAGGAGCGGCAGGUCGCUGAGGUCCCGUCGUUCCCAGCAGCACUCGGUCUCCUGCUCCGAGUCGCUCCUCGAUGCGCCGCAUAAACCGACCAUCAUCAUCCACAACAGCAGCCUCCGCAGCGUGGCGUCCGACGCCUCCCUGCUCUCCUCCCUGCAGAACGAGUCCUGCAUCCAGGAGCAAACGCGGGUCGAUGCGUUCUGGGGUUUGGACCACGACUCGGAUUCCAAAGAAAGCACCGUCGUCGCGGAGCAGAGCAGCGUCGCACUGAACAGCACUCUGAUUGGUCUAGACGCCCUCUGCAGCAAACACCCGGGCCAGGCGCUCAGCAGGCUCUUCUGUAAAGACUGCAGCGCUCUGAAAUCGGAGCCGCCGCUGG